CUAUGAUUACUUGGGGAUUUCCUCUGCUGCAGAGAGAGACAUGUUUUGUUUUGUAGUUGCCCUCUCUCACUGACCUGAACGUGGGGCUGCAGAGGUUAAUCUUUGUUUACGAAGGCUCUCCAUUUGCUGUUUCGUUCUCAUCAUUUCCUGAUAGAACCCUCCCCUGUUUCUACUCAAAACUUCCUGCUUUGGAGUUUCCAGUAAUGAUCAGAUCAGUAAACCUCUGACUAUGGGACAGUUAGGACGUCGUCUUUCCCUCUCCCUUAUGGACUGCAAGUGACUUUAAAGAGCCAUGCCUUGGCACAGUGGGCAUACAGCAGGUAAACUGAGGACUGGCUGAGGGUGAUUUCACUGGACAAUACCAUCAAGCUAGGACAGCAGCGAUUUGUCCAUUAAGGUCAGGCUGGCAGGUGUGGAUCGGUGGCUGGCUGAGCGAGAUGGGAGUUUUCUUACUAACACCCUAUAGGGGUGGUGGGAGUAACGUUGCCCAUUAUAUCUGAAUCAGCAUGAUGGGAGUAGGAUCCUGAAUAGUGUGCCUGUAUUCAAGGUGAGGGCAUCUGUCUGCAGGAAAGUUGCCUGAUCGUUGUGAGAGUUGUAGUUCACAGCAGUUGUAUCGGAGGAUUACAGCACUCAGGGGUUUAGCAUCCCCACUGUGGCUGGGUGUGUGUGAUGGGAUUUAAUAUUCACAGUAACAAGGUUUUACAUAGUCUCUGUCUUUGAAUGGGGGGGGGGAGCAGGGUUUGACAGUCUAUUGUCUUGAGAUUUGCAGUUCAUGGUUGCUAGAGUAACAAAGUUGACGUUGUCUGACAGGGAGACUUAUCACCAUAAGUGAUAUAUAUAAUCAGAAAUUAUGUAACAGUAGAUAAUGGCUUCCAUAGUGUUUUUUUUUUUUUUUUAACAGUUCUUGCAUAGACAAGAUAUUGUACCGUAUGUUUACAAAAUACAGUACAAGGGCCUGCUUACUUAGCUAGGAGCUGUGGUGACUUGAGCCUGACCCUGUGUAUCCCUCUUCUCUUGCUACAAAUACUUGUCUAUUAGUCCACCCAUUGUACAGCGCUACAGAAUCUGUUGGCACUUUAUAAAUAAUAAUAAUAGACAUGGGACAUUUAGGCAACAAUAUUAAUGUUAGGGAGAAAAAACAUGAAUUCAGAGUAGAUUUCAUUUCAUUAACUAGUAACAACUAAAAAUUGGCCAAUUUCACACUAAAACAGUUGAACUGGAAUUUAGCUGAACUUAACUUAAAUGUUUGCAUUUUGGCCUUAAAUAAUCCCUUCACAAUUCCCGACAAUUACUGGUUUGGGAAAUAAUCCCCUUCUGUUUUACUUGCAAAACUCUUCACAAAUCAUCACAAUUUACACAUCAACAUGGUUAUUUACUAAAAGGAGCAUCCCAAGGGAAUGUCAAAUGUAAGGCCAGAGUAGUCGAACUGCAAGCACAGCUGGUUUAGAGAUAUUUUUUUUUCAAAUUGGCAUUUUUGAGCUUAAAUGUUAAAUUUACUUUGAAUUCUCAUUUUAGUGAAUAACCCUGAUACUAAUUGUCUGUCUAUCUAUCUAUCUAUCUAUCUAUCUAUCUAUCUAUCUAUCUAUCUAUCUAUCAUAUAUUUCUUUUCUGGCACAAUUCAGAAAUAUGUCCUGAGUUUCCAUGUGUAAAUGGAACAUGUUAGUAGCUACACGUGACGUGAUAAGUGGCUGAAAUGAAAGACACAGGUAUAUAUAUUUAAAUAGACUGUGAGAUGUCUUGAACAGAUACGACACAUUAUUGUAUCGGCCUGUUUUAUACUUCCAUUGUAACAAACCUGUGGCCACCAUCCCCCAUUGUACAUUUUUCUGAUAAAUGUUAUUGUUUUAAAAAUAAAAGAUAAGAUUUUAUCUUGCUGUGACACAUGCUGAGUCUGCAAUGGUGACACAUGGUGAGUCUGCAAUGGUUUUCCCAGCCUUGUUAAAUUUACACCAUUCAGCCUUUAGGCACCAGGAAUACAAACUACAACCUGCCUCAGAGUAAAAUUCCAGGAAAUAUUAAGGUCAGCCUCAGCUCAACAACUCCAUAAUAGGGAUUUUAGUAGUGUCAUGUGUUUUUUGGGAUUCUUGGGUGGGGGGUUGCAGUAAUAAGUGAUUCAGUCCUCCUGUAAAAUUCAGAGGAAGGCAGUUGUGCAGUCUGCGUGCCACACCAUAUGAUGUAAUUACAUUCUAUCAUAGUUUUGUGUUAGUAACAAGUCCAUCAAUUUCCAUAUUGGGCAAAGAUAAAAUGGUACAAGGACUCCUCUCUCUCACUAAAGCUACUUUGGUGAUUUGCCAUUGUUAUUAUUUAUAUAUAGUGCAAACACGUUCUGCAUUGAUUUUCAAUAAAUAUAUGGAUGAGUACAUAUCGAUUUACAACGAGGUGUUUGCUCAGUUCUCAAGGUAUCACGUAAACAGCCUUAGAAUUUGGAGUAAAAAGAAUUCAGAAGAAGUUGAUGAGAGGAAACAAACAAUGUGUUCAGAGGAGAAGAUAGAUUACUAAGUGUGCAUUCUAUAUAUAACUAAGCAUAUCUAUGACAUCUAUGAGUGUGACAGUGAGAAAGCGGAGGAGGUUGUGAAACAAAAUGUGGAAGUACAAAGUGCAUAAUGUACAGACUCAAUGUUUUACUGGCUGAGGAUAAUUGGAGUCUUAUAUCACACAACUACUUGACUAAUGGAUUUUAUUGGCCGAAUGUAUAUCACUAUUUAAUACAUUCUUAGACGUUGUCAACAACGUGUUCAGCUACAUCAGUGCUGAAAAAUAUAAUCUAUCCUACUCUGUCCAUUAGCCCAACUACCCCUUCACUACCAAGCACUUAUUGUUUGGAAAAAAUAUUAGCAUAACAUAUUUGAAACAAGGGCUGCAUAGCUAGGACAUAAACCGGGUGACUGGCGGGAGUAGGGUAUACAGUGCUCCCUCUCCCGCAGUUCACUCUCUGUGGCAUGGCCUAGCAGAUUGUGGUAGAGAAUCUGCUAUAUCCUCUUUCCUGUCUAACAGGGACCUUAUUUAUGUUCCCUGCACCCUCCAGUCAUGGCAAGCAGCUCCCUGUCAGGCAGGGUGGAAAAAAAAGAACAUCUUCUACCACGAUUCGUGAAGCUGCGCUACAGUAAGUGGUCAGACACACAAGAGGAGGGGUAGGAGACUCAGUGAGGAAACCACUGAGUAGUGAUGCGGGACCUGGCAUCCACUCCAGGCACCAUAACCACUGGCACAAAUAUUUGUUGCUAUACAGGCUUGUAAUCAUUCCUAGAUUAUAAAUGAGAUUAGAUGAACAACUUCAUUUUAUGUUGUUAUAGUGCCUUUUGACCUACUUUUAAAAAUGUAAUUUCUAAUAGUUCGAAGUCUUGGAAUCGGGGCAUCAAGCCAUGCCUCCAAGCCCUCUGAUUAGGAGAGCCAAGACUGGUACUUCCCAGCUUUCAUGCCCAGGCAUGUGUUUUUACACGCGCAGUACCGUCACGCUCUUUCAUAGGUCCAUUGUGGCAAGUGCCACGCGUGUGCCUGUUUUCCCCAAUGCUUCUCUGUAUGCAUGGAUGAACGAAAGGCCACACCAAGAGAGACUUGGCAUGGAAGAGAAGGUAUCUAAAUCAGAUUUUUAUUCCUAACGCAUUGUGUCGCUUUAUGGACUAAAUUUGGGUAGCAAACGUUUAUACUAAUUUCUGGAAGGGAAAAGGAUAAAAAUGUAUUUUUGUCAUAAAGAGAAAUUCCUUCGUUGAAAUUCCAACACAACCAACAUAUAUCAUAAGGUAAAGAAGGAACCCCUUCGUCUUACAUAGAAGCAGAUUUUUGAGUUGAAACGUAAACAGUUUGUUUAUCACUGCUGCCUGUCACAUUAGCAACAGCCAAUGAGGACGGUACUUUUCACGCGUACAGUAGAUUCAUCUCAUUGCGAAAACACGAGGAGAUCUGUAAAAGGUCUCAUGAGAUCUUUCAUAGACUACUGGAUUGUACAUUUGCACAGAUGUGAAAAUAUUUUUCACCAAAUUCUGAUCGUGCAAGGGACAGUUGAAAGUGCUGUUAAAUUCCUGCAGGCACUUUCAACAUUGAUUGCUAUUUGUUGAUAGAUGUGGACAGCUAUUAAUUCAUUUACCCCAAGUGAUAGAUGACAAAAAAUAGGAAAGAACGAAAACAUUGUUUUGUGGAACACCCAAGCAUGUUAAUAAUGAAUAGGGGUACUACAGUAGUCUGAAAUAACCUGAUAUUUAUAUAUCAUACGCUAAUGGCUCAGAGAACACAGAAACGUUAAACGUUUUUUAAACAAUAUUUCAAGGUUAUUUUAAAUCAUGUCGCUCUGUUUGAUAAGAAAUGUGUUUAUUUUCAUAAUAUAAUUAGCAAAUUAGUGUUAUUACAAAAAUAAGCCAAAAAAGUCCUUCCAUCUGUUUAGCUUUGCUUUUUUCCACAUGUUAGAAAGUUAAAUUUUUUAAAAUAAAUAUUUUGUAUGUUAUUGCAGUUGCCUGUUAUUCAGAGCUAUUCUUCAUGGUAUUUUCUGUAUAUAAAUGUUUAUGGAUAAAAGCUAGUCCUUGUUCAAAUAUAAACUAUUUUGAGGGUUUGUCUUGGAUGGGGAUACUCGAUAACAGUGUCUUAGAACCGGUUUAUGAGAUGGUCUUUAUGAUUUUGGCAGAGGGGUCCAUCUCUGGAUGGAAGGAGGUGGUUCAUAUCUAUCCACUACAACCAGCCCACCUGGGAGAUAUCUAGCCUUGAUCCUGGUCUAAGCAAUCUGUGGAGUGGCAGACCCACAAUUCCAUUGGUAAAUGCUUGGGAUUGAAUGACCCAACUCCAUACAGCCACUGUACCCAAAUAUCGUUGGGUCCUAAGCUAUGUCCUUAAAUUUCAACAUGGGGAGAAAAAUAUGUUGCUAACUAUAUCGCUUUCUUGCACUAGUGUCUAUUUUCUCCAAGCAACUUUCCUGUUGUAUAUGGAGAGUUGAGGUGCUUGCCCCAAAUCCUAACAGGCUCCCCACCUGAAUUUGUGCCGCUUUAUAUUGAGUCUAUAACUAAAAGGGACACUAUAAAUCAGAGUGCUGGUCCAACCUUGGAUGCCAAUGAUUAACUGAGAACAUUAGACUAAAAUAGCCUGUGAUCAGUGAUUUCAGCCUAUCAAUGCUGUACCGUUUUGUAUAAAUGUUGUGGUAGUGUAAUUUUGCUCAAUCGGUUAAACAGAAUAUCUGGGGACCAAACACUUAUAGACUCAUGGCACUAAAACCUCUAUAGUAAUCUGUAGUGGUUUUACAGAUUUAUUUUUAUGUUUACUUAGCCCCUAUUUUAUAGGCUUACUCCAAUCUUCACAACCACUACAGCCAAAUGGAGUGGUUAUGACUCCAGACGUAACUUGGCACAGUUCCCUGGUAAUGGGAAAAACUGUUUAGCAAAUGGGUUCCUAUCGGGGUCGGAUGACCCUGGUAACAUGGUCAGAGCUUUUGCAGUGCUACAGAAACCUCAGCCUUUACCAUUCAUUGGCUGAGAGAGUCAGCUGACCACUCUCAGUCAAUGAUAGACAUUCUGGCAAAUGAAACUUGCACAGAAUUGACAUUAGCAAGCCUAGAACUCUAUUUCCAAGAUGGCUUAUAACACCGCAGUCAAGCUGCCGAAGGUGGAGUUACUCUUUCAGCAGCAGAGAGGUUAAACGCAAACCUUUUUAGUCUAUAUGUUGGAACUAUCCUGACAGUAAUGGUGCUGGUAUCGAUGUCGCCCUCCAAUAGGUCCCCUCCAGGAACUACCGAUACAAUAACAGAUUGAUACCGCACUCAUAUAUUGAUGAAAAUAAAACAAAUUAAGUUAAACUCUAUAACUGCAGGGCCAAAGACUUUUUUCUUGUAAGGUGCUGUUGAAACCGCUUCAUUGUUGGCCUAGUAUGUGCUUAUCAGUUUUCAUCUAACUGAAUUUGGAAUAUUUCCUCUUUCUAUUUAAGCUUGGUUAUAAAUAGAUUAUAUCUUUUAUAAAACUGCACGUAAGAGGUGCAGCAAACUAAACGUAAAGUAUAAAAUUCCACUAAAAUUCUCCCAAUUUUAGUACGUGAAGAGAAGGAGCAAUAUAUUUAAUCCAUCCGGUGUCAAUAGCAGUGUCGUUCCUUUUGGAACGAAGAACCCCCUAACUAAUAAAAAAAUAUAUAUAAAAAUUAUAAAAAAGAAAAGAACAUGAUUUUUAGAGUCAUGGAUAUGCAUUUCAAGGGCAUAUUUCGACAGUUCCCUAUUUAAGUUAUUCUAAGUACAAUAACCACUUUAGAAUUUAAAAGACUCGGCUCCACCUCUGAAUCUUCUCAUUCAGCCAGCCCAGAAAAAGAGUUCCAGGGUGGCAAAUUUCAAUUUUAAUUUCCAUCUUUGGCAUGUGAUACCUCACACACAACCUGGGCUGAGCUCUCACUCCUCCCGUGGAAGUGAGUUGAACUAUGGACUCUGACUCUACGGAUAUUUAACAUUUAGCUUAAAUAGUGGACUGGCCCUUAGUGAAAGCAGGCCACCCAAAAGACCCAUAUCUCCCAGGUGGACUGCUAAGCUUUAUGGCAUCAGAGUUUCUUCCAGAGUUCUGCAGACCUACUAAACAGUGCAAGGAAGGGUAAAGGUGUGUCAUUUUUUUAUUUUUUUUAUUUUAUAUUUGCCUUCUUUUUUAAUGCAUCCAACACAAAAAAAUAGUAGGUACUACUUAACCCAAAGUUUCCUUUUUCAUUUAUUGUUAAACUGGGAAAAAACUGACACUACAAUAAUGUGCUGCAUUUUGAUGUACGAUAAAGAAUUUCUAGAAUGCAAAAGAUAAAUGAUUCCUUCAUGCUUCACAGGCGUCCUGAAAAGUUCCAUCAAGUGUGAAUCUAAUAUGACUAUCCCCAAAUAAACCACCUUGAAAAAUCAUUUACUGAAGGUGACAUCCUGUCUCUUCUUCUGCGUUGAAUAAGUGGAGAGUUUUCAAGAAUUACAUUAGUGGAGAAAUACUUUGUGGUUAGUGUACUAGUAACUGUUGGAACUGGGGAAAUUCUCCAGUGCUGUGUACAGAACAGUAACUGUAUUAAUGAAAUGUCUAGCUCAUUGCAGAUGAACAAACAUAGGCCAGACCGAUCACUAUGAAGUAAUGGCUGCAACAGGGAAUAAUAUGUUCUCUAGUUAAUCCUUAUUAGCUGCAGUACAGAAUGUCCUACAGGACCCUAUAUCUCAGUAGUGGAUGUUUGUCCAGAUAUUUAGGAUUCCGAGGGAUUUACGUCUCAGAACAGAACUAUUCUUCUUUCCUUCUUUGCAAAAAUGGUCUAACUGACAGGUGAUGUUAAGGUACUUCUCUGUAUUGUGAAAGAUUUUAAAGUGUACCCAUUAUGGUACUCGCAACUUUGUUUUAAAUUAAAGCGAAAAGUCGUGAUAGCAAAUAUCUUUACCAGUUUUUGAUUUAUUAUAGCUUUUAAUUUAGGCCAUUUCAAAUUCUGGUACACCCCCACUAGAGAUGUCGCGAACCUCACAGUCAGCAGACACUUCCUGGGAGGGAGGGUCUGCUGCUGAUUGGGUGGAAUGUGUCUGCUAGCUGUGAGGUUCCGGGUCAAAGUUUACUCAAUGAUGACGUAUAGGGGGCGGACCGGAAAUCGUAUAUGUUCGCCCAACGCGAACACGCUAUUGUUCGCCGGCGGACAGUUCGGGAACAGUUCGGCGGACAGUUCGCGACAUCUCUAACCCCCACCUGUCAUUUAAUCCUCUACGUUAAGCAACUUUUUAGACUUUUGAUGGUCAUUUUCUUUUUUCGAUUGCACAUGGCCAAACCCGAACAAAGGAAAAAAAUAAAGCCAUUGGCUCAUUUCUCGUUGUGUCUUGAGGGAUGUCUGUUAUAAAGCAAUGACAAAAAUUAAUGAAGAUUGAAAUAGCUGUUUGGGGUUGCUGUAUCUCUCUUGAGGAGAGAACCGUUGACCUUUCGUUUUGGACUGUUGUUUGGGUGGGAAAAGUCUGAUAUACAAAUGGUUAGGCCAAGACCUCAUAACAACAAAAACAAAAUUCAAAAUCAAUAAAUGUGUUGUUGGGAUAUAUUACCAUCACUUAAGUUAAAAAUCCACUUUUACUUGUAAAAUGUGCAUGACCCUAUUACAAUUUUAACUUUUAAUGGCUUUUAAUGUUUUUUUUUUUCCUGGUAUACAAUUUUUGGGGUCACCUGGGAACUGUCCCCAGAAAGUGUAGGGCAAGCCCAUCAUUACACCCUUGUGUUACACUAUGAGCACUAGGAUCAUGUUAAAGCACUCAGCGCAUGCUUAGUUCAUAAUGACGCAAGCCAUCGUGAAUGACAUACCCCUUAAAUUGAGAUGAGAGGACCUUCACCUUUUCCAAGCAAGUCUACCCGUUUUGGUGGUGCCAGUGAUGCAGGUUACGUCACUAACCCACCAUCCUAUGCUAAUGGUGGUAGGCAUGUUAAUGGAAACAAUGUAUUGUUGCUUCUAUACUUCUAGAUAUUUGCCCUGCAGAAGGAGGAUAUAGAGAACAAGAUUUCACUGCAUGUGGUUUAGCUGGUUGAAAAUCACCAAAUAUUGAUAAUGUAUAUUUUUAUUUAUUUCUUCCAGAUAUCUCAUUGGAAGACAUGGAAUAUAUGAGCAUGGCCAGUGAUCACAAGGGAGACGCGGAAUUAUUCCUUAGUUAUUUGAAUGUGUCAGAUGUUGUCAACAUUAUGGAAACCCUGUACGUGGACAGUGAAACCUGUACGGACACUGUAAGUACUGGUACUGUUUGCCAUGAGGAUUACCAAUACCAGGAAAGGUCGGACUCUCUCAUGCUCAGUGGACAAGAAUCCUCUUUUUUGAUGUCUGUCAAGUAUGGAACUAGCAAAGAAUUACUUGGCUUUAUAAAUCAGGUGUCCGACUCGAAGAAUCGUUUGCCUACUUGUUUUCAGCAGGAGUGUGGAAUUGUAUUAAGUAAGGUAAGGAAAUUUGGCUAAUUAUUAAAAUCUACAUGAAAUCGUAGGUCUAAAAAAAUUUGAAUAUAGGAUUAAUACGCAGGUUUAACAACUGAAAUUCCUCGUAUUUUAGCCCUAAAGGACUGACUGUUAAGUCUUUGAAGUUUAGCAAGGUCCUUGGGUGUGAUUUACCCCAAUACAUACCAAUGGGGUUCAAAAAUCACUUCCUUAGAGCUCAGACAAGCAACCCUUUUCUUAGUGUUCCCUUGCAGUACCCAUUGGAAUGUGGAAAUUAGCAGGUCAAUGGAAUCAUUAAAAUUCUGCAUGUCAACAAUAGGGUAAUUCUAUGCACAUGGAGUAGAAGGUGAUUUCUGUAUGUGAAUAUUAUUGCUUCGUAUAGGAUAAUAAAUCCUAUACUAAUGAAUAGUAAACCAUCAAGUGUCAUAGGAGUUGAUUAAUUGGUUAUUUAGGUAUUUGGAACUGUUUUGAUGGUUGGGAUGUUUUAAGGGAACAUUUGUGAAUUUGAGCAUGCUUAGGAAUAUUGCAAUUGAGCUGUAGAAGGGACUCAGCAAUGUUUAAUAAAUACAUUGUGUUUUAACAAUGGAGUGUUGGUAAACAUUUUAGAUUCAGUGACUUUUAAAAGUAGUUGUUUAAACUGGCAGAAACACUCUUAAGUGUGUUUAUAUGGGCGCUAUAGUCAUCCACACCACUUCAUCUCAAUGAAAUGAUCUGGGUGCAGUGCCCUGUCCCUUUAACCCUGCAAUGUAAAACAUCGCCUUUUUUUUAAACUGCAAUGCUUACAUUGCAAGGUUAAAUCCACCUCUAGUGGCUGUGAUACAAUAUACUAGCAGCUUCUGCUGUACUGACUAAAAUAAGGAAAUAAUAAAAAAAAUAAGGUAAUUAAAACUUUUUAUUUCAAUAAUUUUUAUGGCCUAUAAAGAACUAGGGACAGGGAGGCUUAAACAUUCAGAAUACAAAUGUAUUCCUCACGUUAUAGUUUUUCCUUUUAAACUGAAAUGAUGACUAGUAAAUAUAGCUUUUUAUGAUUUUGAACAAAUUCUUGGAGUGCUGCUUCCUGGUUCAUAUAUACCUAAAAGAAAACAUAUUAGUUGGCUAAUACUGUUUAAGUUCCGAAUGAUAUUUCUAACUAAGCAAAAUGCGUCCCAGUGAGGCCGGCCACCACCAACAUGUGAUGGAAGGUGUGUUCAAAAAAGACAGUACUAUCCCAUUACAGCUGUGAUUUACACUGAUACAAAUCUCAGAAAUUACAGAAAAGUAAAACGUGGAAAUUUCAACUAUGUACAGUGUCCCAUGUAUUUAUUUCUUUUUAAAUACUCUUUAACAUGUUAACACAUUUUCCUGGGCACUGCAGAUUUUCUUUAAAUGGACUCUAUAGGCACACAGGCAUGUUGAUGACAAUAGCACAGCAAUGUUUUCAUUGCGGGUUAACCUGCUUCUAGUUGCUGUUGUUCUGAGAGCCCAUAGAUGCGCUUCCUUGAAAUAGUGGAGGAAAACGCCACUAUUAAAAUCAGUCUUAGAGAGACCAUCUUAUUGGCACAGCUUGGCAUUUUACCAUGCAUGCUUACUGGCCUGCCAUGCAUUGGCUGAGAGUUGUCAACAGAUCUCAGUCAAUGAAUGAACGACAGGUUUGUCAUCCAGGUUCUGAAACGCUGAGAUUGUUUGUUUGUUUGUUUGUUUGUUUGUUUCUUUCUUUCUUUCUUUCUUUCUUUCUUUCUUUCUUUCUUUCUUUCUUGCCCUUGCUUCUGUCUUGCCUUUGUGUGACCAUGUAGAAAUUGCAGGAGUUUUUAUAUUUCACCCUCCAUUCUUUGCUAUUUCUUUUCCAGAAGGUAACCAUAAACGGGGGGCGCUAUCAAAAAGACACGGACGUGCUGCUAGUCCCGUGGAAGAUGACCUACAAAAGUAUUGGUUCUGAAUUCAUUCCCUCUGGAGCUUUUGGGAAAGUUCAUUUAGCUCAAGACCUUGAAACAAGAAGUCGGAUGGCGUGCAAACUGGUACGUUUAUUAUGCAAGAACCAGUUUCUACAAGAUAUAAAAUAUGCAAAUGAUAUCGCCCUGGGGCAGAAUCCGUAAAGAACAAAUACUGUUGGGAUUGCAGCAUGCUGUGUAACUAGUGUGUACUGUGCAUUUAUUAUUUAUAUAUUUAUAUUUUGUCUCACUGCUAAACUCUUUUAUCAAAUAUUUAGAUAUAGAUAGAAUUACUUAUUACUCAUCUCACAGCAAACCACAAGAAUUACCGACUGCCCAUGUGCUUUUAUUCAUCAUAUACCUUUUAGAUUAUCUAUGCUUUAAGAAUACAUGUUGCCUGUAAAGUUCCCAUAGGAUCCACACUCAUGACGUGUCAUGUGCAAAAGCAUGUGUGUAUAAGACGUAUGCCUGGGAACUGUGAAUGAGCAGAGAUUUACGACGGAUGAGCAACAUUGUUUAAGAAAACCCUACCGUCAUUUCUACCAAAGGAUUCUGGGGUGAGAAGUGUGUGGGUGUGUGUGUGUGUGUGUGUAUUUAGGUUUUCCCCUAUUUUUUAAAUUGUAUUUAUUUAUUUACUUAUAUUAUGGGAUACUAAGCAAAUGGGUUUAGGGACCCACCACUAAUGCAAGCAUUUGAUUUCAUGAUACCCAAACUAUUUAAUGUGUGACGCAAUACAUUUGUAAAUGCAUAGAUUUUAGCAACUACGUUCUCUGGUGGGCCACAUUGGUCCAGAAGAGUCUUAAGCAGCUGAAUAAAUGCUAGCACCACCUACAUGUAGAGGGACUAAUUGUCCAGCACUGAUCUACUGAUUCUCAAUCACAUGUCUUCAUUUGACCAUGUGUGAGAGAUUGAAGGAAGUUCUUUUCAUAACUACUGUUCUUCUAACUUCCAUUUUAUGAAAACAAAUAAAACUGCAAAACUUUCAACGCCUCCACUUGAGCUUGGAACCCCUGUUCCAAAAUGUGACCUUAUGUGUAAAGCAUCAAGAACACUGUUAAUUUGGGUAUAGUUUCAAUGAGAUAAAUAAAUUAGCCAGUAUAUUGAAUGGUACAGUUUUUACUCUUCAUGAUUCUAACAACAAAAUGUUUCUUUGUCCUAAAAAGAUUCCAUUGGAUCAGUUUAAGCCGUCCGAAGUGGAGAUCCAGCUACAGUUGUGUCAUGACAACAUUGCAGAAUUGUACGGUGCCAUACUGAGCGACAACAUCAUGCAUCUUUACAUGGAAGCUGGAGAAGGAGGGUCUGUGAUGGAAAGACUUGAAAGCUGUGGACCUUUGAGAGAAUUUGAAAUCCUUUGGGUGACAAAACAUGUUCUCAAAGGACUUGAUUUUCUUCACUCCAAAAAUGUCAUCCAUCAUGACAUAAAACGUAAGUUGCUAGACUGCUUGGACAAUAUUCCUCUAUAGGUUUGGAGAAUCUUACCACGUUGGCCUUUUCGUUUUCGACUGUCGUUUGGGUGGAAAAAGUCCGAUAUACAAAUGCUUAGGCCGUGACCUCAUAACAACAAAAAUAAAAUUCACAAUCAAUAAAUGUUAGAAGGUCAAUAUAGAAGGUCAAUAAGUGUGUGUGUGUGUGUGUGUAGCUAAAUUGCCCAUUUUAUUUAAACCUCUCCUGUAGACAUUGCUGUGUAUUUAACUUAUCUUUGGCAAUAGAUGAUUACAGGAAUAUGUGUACUGCAGAGUACAUUUUGUGUAAUAUUAAAGUGUAUUAAUUAUUAUGGUUACUGUAUAUAUUCGAGUAUAAGUCGACCCGAAUAUAAAUCGAGACCCCUAAUUUUACCCCAAAAAACUGGGAAAACUUAUUGACUUGAGUAUAAGCCUAGGGUGGGAAAUGCAGCAGCUACUGGUAAAUGUCUAAAUAAAAUUAGAUCCCCCAAAAAUUAUAUUAAUUGAAUAUUUAUUUACCGUGUGUGUGUAUAUAAUGCAUUGUUUGUAUGAAUGCAGUGUGUUUGUAUGAAUGCAGUGUGUGUGUGUAUGAAUGCAGUGUGUGUGUGUGUGUGUGUAUGAAUGCAGUGUUUGUAUAAAUGCAGUGUGUGUGUAUGUGAUGCAGAGCCUUGGUGGGGGGUGGCCAUUUUUAUUAUUUUUUAAAAUUAUUAUUAUUAAUUUUUUAUUUUAUUAUUAUUUAAAUUUGUAUUUAUUUACUUUCGUCCCCCCCUCCCUGCUUGUUAGCUGGCCAGGGAGGGGGGCUCUCAUUCCCUGGUGGUCCAGUGGGUGGGCUGUGUAGGAGGGGGGCUGGCAGAGAGCUGUAACUUACCUUUCCUGCAGCUCCUGUCAGCUCCCUUCUCCUCCGGUCCUGUCAGCUCCACUGUCAGCGCCACUGUAAGUCUCACGGUGUGACAUGGGGUUUUUCAGCACAAAUAAUGUGCUGAAAAACUCGACUUAUACUCGAGUAUGUACGGUAUUUACUUGACCCUACCAAAUAAAUAAUAGCUCUAUCUAGUGUAUUUGUUAAAUUCAAAUCACAACUAGUAAUUAUCCAGGGUCAAAGCUUCUGGCCCGCAUUUGCAGAUCCAGUGCAGUAAAAGACCCUUUUCGUCUUCCAGAAGAGUCGAAAUGGUUUACUUUAACCUUGUUCCAGCGAAUUAUUCUCUGCAUUAGAUCGGUAAACUGCUUUCCUAGUUAUAUCUAUGUCAGAGUACAAAUUAGGUGCAAUAGAAAAGCAAUCUAAAGUUUAAACAAAAGCCCUAUAUAAAUAUACUGAUGACAAUCUCUUUCAUUGUAGCCAGCAAUAUCGUGAUCAUGUCCACAAAGGCUGUUCUAGUGGACUUUGGACUCAGCAUCCAGAUGACUGGAGAUGUGUAUUAUCCAAAGGACCUGAGAGGAACAGAGGUAAUAAUUAAGUGCAAUAGCAAAAAACCUUCUGCUUCACAAUUACAAAAGCAAUAUACAUAUUAUAUUUCCCAUUUAUUUCCUUCUGGUAACAGACUUGGAAUUUCUGAACAUUUUAUUUUCUAUAAUAAAUGUGAACAAUCUUUGAAUUUUAUAAUCACUGCAUUGUAUAGAGCUGUUAAAUGGUUUUCGUACAUGUAUUCUUAAAGCAACGCUCCAAGCACCAUGACCACUACAGUGUUCUGUAGGGUUUAUAGUGCCAUAAGCUCCGCUACAGUAAGUUUUAGUCUGUUUUAGAAUGGUUUGACUUCUCACCUGGGGUCCGCUUGGCACCGGUCCUCUCUGCAGGCAUAAGUGGGAGCUAGAGGCUCCUACUAGGAGCUUCUAUUGAAUCUCCUAUUCAUUGACUGAGAAUUAAGUUUCCUGACUGCCGGACAUAUCUCAGUAGACCUAGCAAAGCAAGUAUGCAGGAGCUUUAAGCUCUCCUGGCUGUACAGAGGAGGUGGCAAACUGUGCCGGGCCAACCCCAUGUAAGAAGUCAUGCCGUUCAAAAACUACUUACAAUGGAAGGGUGCCAGGGCACUCCUGGCACCAUAACCACUACAGUCUGUUGUGGUUAUGGUGCUUGGAGUGUUCUUUUAAAGCAUUGUAGGAUUCCAUUUUCAUGUGAGACAAUCAGUUUCAAAUAUUUGCUGUGCUUGAGUCAUUGCUUAGAAUCACUGCAGUUUGGAAGUUGUGGUAAUGAGGUCCUUCAUGGACAUGAGCAUUAUAUAUAUAAUCUCAAUGUAUGUUUGCAGAUCUGCUAUAAACCUAUGUAGCAUUGCUUACAAGCACGAUGCGACUGACACGCUAACUAGCAUGGUGUCCUAUUCCAUUUUGUUUUUAUGAAAUAUUAGGGUUUUCCUGACCUCUCUGGUACUAAACAAUUUCCAGAUCCUCAGAAAAGCUAUUGGUAUUCAGCAGCUUUGAUCCUUGUUAGAACACUGGCAAAAUGUCUAUAUUAACACAAAUGUAUUUCAAAGUUAAGAAACUGCAAUUGUUAAAACUGUGAAUAACCAUAUUCUUUCUACUUCCCUUGCCCUUCCUUGCAUAUGCUGUCUCUCUAAUCAGUCAGCUAGUUUCAUGGUUUUACUUAUUUUUAACUUGAACCAGGCUGUUUACUGAAUAUUGGUCAUUUAGUGCAGCAACAAGAUUAAGAUCUGGGGGUUUAUUCACUAAAUAGUGAAUUGUGACAAACUGAAAAUUGUAAGCCCAACUAGCUGAUUUGCAAAUAAAUUUCCAGAUCGCCAUUUUUAGAAUUUAGCCACAAUUGUGCAAUUCCUUUUGAAAUAAACCAUUCAAUAAAUAUAUAGCCAAUUUUAAAAACCUUUUAUAGUUGGAUAUAUACUUUUUAUAUAUAGUUCUGUUUGCACAAUGUUUCUAAAUAUAUUUUCCCACUGUGCUUGGUUCCAGUUGUACAUGAGUCCGGAAGUGGUUCUCUGCAGAGGACACUCCACCAAAGCUGAUAUCUACAGCAUGGGCGCUACGAUUAUUCACAUGCAGACUGGGAAUCCUCCAUGGGUGAAAAGAUACCCCCGCUCAGCCUUCCCUUCAUAUCUUUAUAUAGUACGUUUUACUGUUUUGUGUUUCAUUUUCUAUGUACGAUGAUACCUAUUUGUUUAACUACUUAUUUUGUGGCUAGCCUCUCAGUUUCGGCUGCUAAAUGCAAAUUCCAUUGUGCUCCAGGUAUUGUUGUGGUGCAUGUUUAAAACUGGAGAAUUUAUUUAGAAACUGAGAAAAAUCUUAUUUUAACUAUAGUUUUAGUGGUGGUCAGGAUUCAUUAGAAAUGUAUAUUCAGGGGAUAUAAACCCUUAAAAGGCCUUAAGCAGAUUAGAACACCUUAUAAAACAAUGGUGGGACCUGUUUAUUGUUCAAAAGGGCAGAUCUUGGCUAACAGUGGCCCCAUCAGCGGCAAGGCAAUCCUCCAAUUUAAUGGACGCCAAAAAUCUAGUAUGUAAUUGAAAACACAAAAUUUCAAAUAAAUCCAAAAAUAAUUGUAUAUUUCUGAAGUGAAUAGUAGAGGACAAGAUAUAAGUAAUGUGUUAUUACCGUUUAGAUUCUGUGUUUGUAAUCUUGUGUAUAUAUUUUGUAUCCCAGAUACACAAGCAAGCUCCACCAUUGGAAGAUAUUGCGGAGGACUGCAGCCCCCCCAUGAAAGCUUUCCUCACAGCUUCGCUAGAAAAGAAUCCCAACCAACGGCCUACAGCCGCCGAGCUAUUGAAACAUGAAGCCCUACAUCCUCCUCCGGAGGACCAGCCGCGGUGUCAGAGUUUGGACACCGCUCUACUAGAAAGGAAACGAUUACUCAAGAAAGAGUUGGAGCUGCCAGAAAAUAUAGCAGGUGAGAUUAUUAUUUUUAUUUAAUACUCUGCUUAUAUUUUCAGAAAGUAAGAACGUAAUACUGUCAGAUUGUGUGCUUUGCACAAGGUCCUAUUUACAAAAUAUUAAGAGAGAGAGAGAGAGAGAGAGAGCGCAACCAAACUGAACAUCUUUCUGUUGUCCUCUUUGAGAGUUUUUGCAGAUAUGUUCCUGUGAAUUGCUCGGCUUAGAGAAACUUGUUUGCAGCUCUUGGGUGCAAUUAAUGUUUUGUACUUUUCGAGUGCAACCCAUUUAAAUACAGUCCACUACCUCUGGCAAAAGUAGGGAAUCACAAAAUGCUCAAUUUGCCAAAAACUUCACAUCUCUAUCUAGUAAUUCAAAAUGGAUCUGAGAGGGACAAAUGCACUUUUACAUGUUAAAAACAAUAUAUUGUAUGCUGAGAAAUGCUGGCCUCCACACAGACAGCAUUAAUAAUAUGGUGUGUGCCUAUUUGCCCAUGGCUAAGAUGAGUGAGUGUUGAGUCCUGUUGAAUAUUGUUUAGUCUUCCCAACUCCUUGUGAGUGUAUGCCUCCUUAACCCCUUAAGGACACAUGACAUGACAUGGUCCUUAAGGGGUUAAAGAAAAAAAAAUUAAACAAAACCAAAAAAAAGAUACAUUUCUAAAAAAGAUGUACCUCUGUCGCAAAAUUUUGGGUUUGAAGACCAUUGUUAAAUACAGAUACCAAACUUCAACAUUUUAAACCUUUUAGAUUUGAAACACGAUUGCACAACUUUUAGGCGUAUGUAACAGCGACUGAACAAUAUUUGAAAAUUAUAGGCAUUUUAGGUAUUUUCCCAAUCAAAACAAGUGGAUAAUUCAUUUUCACACACUUUUCUUUAUAUGUUCUAAUUAUACUAGGAAAACUGAUUUUUUUUUUUUUUUUAAUUUUCACUCCCAAAAUUACAGAUGUUUACAUUUUUUCUGAGCUAAAUUGUAUCGUUAUCACAAUACUUCUCAGUUCUCCGUCCAACUUCAAAGCGCUUCCUAUUGCUACACUUUUUUUUUUUUUAAAUGCUUCCUCCUUCAAUGUUCUGUAUUCCCCUAAUUUAUUUUAAGGUUAAAGGUUAUUUAUUUACAAAAAAAUAGGAACUAAAUUCAGUUAGUCGAAUAUGUCUGGGUAAAAAAGGGGAAUUUGGUAUUGUUAAUUGUGCUUCCUCUUAUUGUCCACAUGCUUUAAAGUAUAUUCACCCGGAUAUAUGUAUUUCCUAAGUAUGCCUUUUAUGUCAGUCCUUUCCAUUUUAUUUGUUAUAUUAUGUUAUUUUGUCACCAGACUAGAUUGGCCAUCUGUGUUGUGUGUUAAAAGUCUGUUUUAAAGUAGAAAAAUGCAAAAAUGCCACUAUGUUAUUCUCCCCAGUUAUCCUGUUUUUUACAUUUAUUUUUGUAUUACUUUAUGUGUUUCCAUUUCUAAACUUUGCAUAUAAUUUAUAUGUAUUUCCUUAUAAAUUAUUUUAAACUCAUAAUUGGCUUUGACACAUUGCUUCCUCUGCAGGCUCUUUAAAUUUUAUGAAAUGUUACACCCAUUUCACUGUGAUUUUAGUUUAUCUUGUUUCUAGUGUGCUGUGUGCACACGAAAAAUAUGAUGUUGGGAUAUAUCUAUAUAUUAAUACUAUUCCUUACUGUUGUGAUUGACACAUACCAAAUUAUGUAAGCUUGUGAUGUGCAGAAUUUGAAUUCUUUACAUUCCAUGUUCAUGAUUCAGGGAUUUUUCAGCUCAUCUUUGGCUAGUACAAUUCUUAGCUCAUUAGCUCAUCUUUGGCUAGUACAAUUCUUAGCUUAUUAGCUCAUCUUUGGCUAGUACAAUUCUUAGCUCAUUAGCUCAUCUUUGGCUAGUACAAUUCUUACUUACUGAAAACUUUUUUUUAUUUUUUGGUGCAACUAGCAUUUCAUAAAUCUUCACCUAUUUUGUAAGACUUUAUUAUUAUUAUUAUUAUUAUUAUUGUUAUAAUUUUUUUUAGUUUUUUUCAUGAUUUGACUUGCUCAGAGUUGGCAUUUUUGCCUUUUUCCUUUAUAACUCUUGUAGAAAUUUGGACACAGACUCAUUUUUUUUUUUUUUUUAAUUAAUUCUUUCUUUUUUUCCCAGCUCAUUAGUGUGAGAGAGACAUCGCAUGGAUACAUACAAACAUGUUCAAACAGUAGAUAACAUUCAGAUAAUAGCAUUUUGUGGACACCAACUAAUUUUUAUUCUGAUUUACAUAAAUUAAUCCACAAACCAGUGACAUAAAUAUAAUGUUUGAAGAGACACUGCAACUAAGUUCCUAAUUGAAUGAGUGCUUCAGACUCCCUCCCCCUCCUGUACCCCCCUCCCCCUCCAAUCUAUUACUUUCAUCUCUGCCUGGUGUCUAAGCAGAAGAGAAUGAGCCCUUAAUUUCCAUUGGCACAGAUCUACUGCAUUGCUAAUUGCAACUAAUUCUCAUCAAUGCAUAGAAUGUAUAUGUCUAUCAAAAUAGAAACAAGUCUUGCAUCGACUUAUUAUUCAUUAUAUCCGUUAGAUUGUGUUAGGGAUAAGAUAAUUCCAUUCUAAUUCAACUGUGAUGGGAUUGAGAUGAUUUAGUGUGGAGUAUUCCAGUAUGUUUAAUUUUUGGAGUAAUAUUUAGAUUUAACUGUUUAUAUCAUAUAAUGAAAUUGUUGUUCUUCAUUUUCCAGAUGCGUCAUUAUAUACAAGUGAGGAAUCAGAGGUGCUAAGGAGACAGCGAUCCCUCUCCGUUGACCUUGGAGCUCUUGCUGGCUAUUUGAACAUAAUCCGUGCGCCCCCAAACUCAGAAUAUGAUUGUUCGUAACAAGGAAUUGUGCAGAAUAAGCUAAAAUGUUCUCCUGCACUGCACUUUUCAUUAUAUGUCAUUACUUAAGGGUUGACCGGUUCAACUCGGUAUCAAUAAUUAUUGGUUAUCCUUAGAACCCUACAAGCCUUUAAACUAAACUUAAAUAACUUCAAUAGUAUCUGGAUCAGUAAGAUUAGCCAUAGCUGAUUCAGUCCAGAAUAAUAGAAAAUAUUGAAAAUCUCUAGCUAUUUUUUUUGAGAGAUUUUUGUUUUCUUGGUGUAGCAUUGUUUAUAGUGUUAUAUGUAUGCACGUGUAUAUCUUCACAAAAAAAAAAAAUCUAUGUUGAAUAGAAAAACUUUUAUAACCAGCACAUUUUGAUAUAGUUGGAGAAAAAUACUUAUGUAGAUAGUUCCUAUGGAACUGUAUUAUUUUAGUUUUUUUGUAUUUGCAAUAUAAAGUGUAAUGUUCUGACAUGUCAUUCUGUACAUUCUAAAUGAUGAGUGUGUUGGCCCAAUGAAUUUAUUCAUUUUGAGAGUCCUUUUGAGAUAGUUGGGAGAAGGAUCGGUCCAUCUCACUUUACCUGACCACCUGGGUAAAAACUUUGACUCUAACCAUUUGUCAAAAAAGCUAAAAACUCCUUUCCAUUAGACCGGCUAUGGUUUAACUUUGUCCCAACAGCUGUUGUUUACUUCAUUCACAUAACUAAUGUCUAGUUAUUAGGAUAAAUAUAGUCCGCCGUGCCUGCGGGGCCAAAGGUUAAGCAUUAAUGAGGUAGAGAGUUCAUUUUAUGAAGUGGAGCGUGUUUUUAUUGCACUGUAGCCAUGUCAUUUUCCUUAUGAUAACCCGCUUCAUGAAAUGUGACUUAGAAAAACUCACUGCCACCACAACUGGUUUAAUGCGUAUAGAACAAUCACAAUAGUUACCCAACCCUAUGGCCAAAUAUUACUGCCUAGAAUGGUACUGGCAGUGUACAAGGCAACAUGUCAGCAAAGAGUUAAAUCUGAGUAUUCCUCUUUUAUUGUUAAAGAGGUUCUACAAACUGUAUGUGUUAGGAUUAGAGUACUGCAUGCUAUGUAUGCUAAAUUAUAGAAUUUUAUUUUAAGCACUCCUUUUGAGUGACACUGUAAAAAUUUUAAUCAACAACCCACUUAACAAUAAAAUAUUAUUAAAAAUGG